CUCUCUAUAUAUAUAUAAGCUUCUUAUGACCCAUUUCAUAAAAAACUCAAACCUCUAAGAUCAUUUCUUUCACUCUCUGAUCUCACAACUACGCUGCUUUUAUUUGCUCUGUUCCAAUGAACGUUACUUGGACAAGAGGACCAACCAUCGGCCGUGGCUCCACCGCCACCGUCUCAAUAGCAACUUCAAACUCCGGUGAGAUCUUCGCCGUCAAAUCCGCCGACAUUUCUUCCUCAGCUUUCUUGCAGAAAGAGCAAUCCAUAUUGUCUACACUGAGCUCUCCUCACAUAGUCAAGUACAUAGGCUCUAGUCUAACGUGCGAGAACGACCGACUUGUCUACAACAUCCUUGUGGAGUACGUUUCCGGCGGGAGUCUUCACAGUUUAAUCAAGAACUCAGGCGGGAAGUUGCCGGAGCCGGCGAUCAGAUCGCACACGCGUCAGAUUCUCAAGGGACUGAAGUAUCUUCACGAGAGAGGGAUCGUUCACUGCGACGUGAAGAGCCAGAACGUGCUGGUUGGAGAAAACGGCGUCGUUUCAAAGAUCGCUGAUUUGGGUUGUGCUAAACCGGUUUUUAACUCGGGAUUUUCCGGUACGCCGGCGUUUAUGGCGCCGGAGGUUGCUCGUGGUGAAGAACAGAGGUUUCCGGCUGAUGUAUGGGCUUUAGGGUGUACGGUGAUCGAGAUGAUGACUGGAUCAAGCCCUUGGCUGGAGCUAACCGAAGCCGUUGCGGGGAUAUAUAAGAUUGGAUUCUCAGGCGAGUCGCCGGAGAUUCCUGAGGGGAUAUCGGAGAAAGGUAAGGACUUUGGGAUGAGGUGUUUGAAGGUUGAUCCGAAACAGAGAUGGACGGUGGAAGAGUUGCUUAAACACCCUUUUCUCGACGACGAAGAAUCUCAAUCUAUCGGUUACCUGCAGAACACGUCUUCUCCGAGCACUGUGUUGGAUCAACGGUUUUGGAGUUCAUGCGAAGCCUCGAAAGAUCACUCCUUUUCGAUGGAUCACGAAGACCCUUUUGCUGGUUACUCGGAUCCUUGGCGUUCGCCGGCUGAUCGGAUCGAGCGACUCGCCGGAGAUGAAGUUACUACCGCUCCCAUUUGGGAUCCUGCAGACGACGGCGAGUGGAUUCAAGUGAGGGGAAAUGUUACUGGAGAAGUCAAGAAACGCGUCGGCUAUGGCGGUGAAGACGUGAUUUGCGUUGAGGUAACGUCAUCGUCGCAAGUGAUUGAAGUAGUUGACUAUUGGAUACCGGAUCAAGAGAGCUUGCUGUCGGAAUAUUCCUCUCACGACGUCAUUUCUAGUUCUUACUGUAAUGUUACUAUUGAAGGAAAUGUAAUUUUAUUUUAUUAUUAUCACAGUGUUGGAGAUAGGAAUGUACUAAUAAAGAAAAUCUUUCGUAAUUACAAUGGAACACGAAAAAACAUCUUAUCUGUCAAAUUGCAUUGA